AUGUCAAACUUUGUAGCUCCAGAAGUUAAAAAAUUUGUGGCUUGGGACUAUGUCGUUUUUGCAGGACUCUUUUUAGUGUCUGCUAGCAUUGGAAUCUUUUUUGCAGUUAAGGAGAGGAAAAAGAAAACUUCCAAGGAAUUUUUGGUGGGUGGUAGGCAGAUGACAUGUGGACCAAUAGCUUUCUCUCUGACAUCAAGUUUCAUGUCAGCAGUCACCGUGCUGGGGACACCCUCUGAAGUUUAUCGAUACGGGGCAUCCUUUGUGCUGUUCUUUCUUUCAUACACACUUGUCAUCUUUUUUACUGCUGAGCUUUUUUUACCUGUGUUUUACAGAUCUGGCAUUACAAGCACUUAUGAGUAUUUGGAGUUAAGAUUUAACAAGAUUGUCCGGCUUGCUGCAACACUGAUCUACAUCCUGCAGACGAUCCUUUACACAGGAAUAGUGGUUUAUGCUCCAUCACUGGCACUCAACCAAGUUACUGGAUUUGAUCUCUGGGGAUCUGUAGCUGCAACAGGGAUUGUCUGCACUUUCUACUGCACUCUGGGAGGAUUAAAAGCUGUUGUCUGGACAGAUGCAUUUCAAAUGCUUGUCAUGGUGGCUGGCUUCGUGGCAGUCUUGGUUCAAGGAACAACUCUGAACGGUGGAUUCAGCACAGUCUGGGAAAACGCCCAGGAAGGAUCCAGACUAAGCAUAUUUGACUUUGCUGUUGAUCCUUUGAGACGACACACCUUUUGGACAAUUGUGAUUGGGGGAACAUUUACAUGGUUAGGGCUCUAUGGAGUCAAUCAGUCCACAAUACAGAGAUGCAUCUCCUGCAAAUCAGAAAGGCAUGCCAAACUGGCACUUUACUUGAAUUUGUUGGGACUUUGGACAGUCCUGGUGUGUGCAGUAUUUUGUGGCUUGGUGAUGUACUCUCAUUACAAGAGCUGUGACCCUUGGACUGCUGCUUUCAUCUCAGCACCUGAUCAACUCAUGCCAUAUUUUGUUAUGGACAUUUUUUCUUCAAUGCCAGGAGUCCCGGGACUGUUUGUUGCCUGUGCAUUCAGUGGAACACUAAGCACAGUAGCUGCCAGCAUUAAUGCUUUAGCAACUGUUACCUUUGAAGACUUGGUAAAGAAAGGUUUCCCCAACAUCUCUGACAAGAUGAGCACAUGGAUCAGCAAAGGCUUGUGUAUAUUAUAUGGCAUCCUGUGCACAUCGAUGGCUGCAGCAGCAUCUCUGCUGGGAGGGGUUGUUCAGGCUUCCCUCUCCAUCCAUGGGAUGUGUGGGGGGCCCAUGCUGGGAUUAUUUACCUUGGGAAUUGUGUUUCCUUGUGCUAACUGGAAGGGAGCUAUCGGAGGCCUUUUAUCUGGGAUCACCUUAGCUUUUUGGGCUGGGGUCGGCUCCUUCAUUUACCCUGCACCACCCAGCAAGUCCAUUCCCCUGCAGCUCUCGACUCUCAACUGCACCCUGGCCAACAGCACCCAGACCCUGACCACCAUGGCUCCCACAGUGGCCCCAGACAGGCCUUUGCUGGCAGACACCUGGUACUCCCUCUCCUACCUCUACUUCAGUGCCAUCGGCUGCCUGGGCUGUGCCCUCACAGGGCUGUUGAUAAGCUUUAUAACAGGACCUACCAGAGGAGAAGCCAUCCCCCCAGUGUUAAUCAAGCCAGUCUGUGACCCGUUUUGCUUUUGGUCCCAAAGGCUGAAAGCUUUCCUGUGGUGUGGUGUGCGGCACGAGGGCCGGGAGGAGGACUUUGAGAAAAAUCUCUCUAAAAUUGCAAAUAAAACUGGAACAGAUGACACCUUCAAGAACAGUAUCAGCAAAGAAAACAGACACCAGUCUGCUGGUUACAAUCCUGAGGAAAACUCUGACACUUACAUGAGCAAAGAAUCUCGACUCUAG